AUGAAGACCUUCGUUGCUCUUGGGGCCCUGGUAGCUCUGUGCCACUCCGCUUUCGGUCUUGACGAGGGAGCUUAUACGAUCGGAUCCGCAAGUCUUCAAAGCAACAAGAUCCUGAGUGUAAACGAAGAGGAUGGGAAAACCCUGAGUUUUUCUCCCGACAACAACGAUGGAAGCCAAGCCUGGCGCUUUACUCGCGUUGAAUUCGACAAUCAGCGUGAUUUCUUGAUCAACAGUACCUUUAGUGGUGGUUAUAUAAACUGCGGAGAACAAAGAGACUCCCCCUGCGUCCUGGGAGACGAGCCACAGAUUUUCACUGCUGAGCUAGUUGGCGACAACAGUUAUGAGCUAGUUUCACAGCCAAGCGGAUACUUCUUGCGCGCUGAUGGCGAGAAACUGCAAAUCGCCGAAUGGGACCAGAGCCCCGAUGAGCAGUUUGUUUUGACCCAAGUUGAUUAUUAG